ACAUCUCCCUUUAAAGUGAUCCUUCUCAAAGCUAUGGCUCGUAUCCUCGAAGGAACACAGCUUUGGAAAAAAGUGCAAGCAUCUGCAGGUCAAAACAACCACAGCAAAACAUUCCAGCAAAGGAUCAGAGAGCAGGAUAUUGCUUUGUUUGUCUGCUUAUGACAGGAACAACAAGAGACCGGAACAGAAGUCGUCCUGAUAGAGAUCCCUGUGCUCAUCAUGUCCAGAGCGACUGUCUUAUUGCAACUACUGAUGAUCUUCUCCGUGGGCUGCGCAACACUGCAGGGUUUUGAACUGAGAGGCAACAACAGUAAACCUCAGUCGGACUGGAUCUGGAAUCAGUUGCACUGCUGGGAGGGCCUUUUGAAGCCCACACAAAUUGGAAAGAUCCAAUCAGUUUGGCACAAGGAAGGAGAAACUAAGUAUCAACUCCAAGGUGAGGGAGUUGGAACUAUUUUUAAGGUGGACCCCGACACUGGCGAUAUUUGUGUCUACAGAGAGUUGGAUCGGGAGACCAAGGAUCGUUAUAAAUUAAAAGGAAUUGUGAUUAAUAAGAAGACUUUGAAGCAAAUUGGUCCCACCACCAACUUUACCAUUCAAGUACUGGAUGUCAAUGACAAUGCACCUAUAUUUACCAAGGAUCCGUUCAAUGGAACUGUCGCCGAAAUGUCCAGGAAAGGAACCUCCGUCCUGACCAUCACUGCUCAUGAUCCAGAUGAUCCAACAGUUAACAAACAUGCUGUGGUAACAUACAAAAUUCUGAGCAAGCAGGAUAAUUUCUACAUUAAUCCAGAUACCGGAAUCAUAUAUGUAAACAACUCAAACCUGGACAGAGAAAGGAAGAAAGAUUAUCAGCUGAUAGUACAGGCCAAGGACAUGGAAGUUGAUCAAGGAGGAAUGAGUUCCUCAGCAACUGUGUACAUCUCUCUCACCGACAUCAAUGACAACGCACCCUUCUUCCAGCACAGGCAGUACAACUACACUGCAUCAGAAGCCACCCCCAUUGGAGUUGCAUUAGGACGGGUGAAAGCAGAGGAUCUCGAUGAAGGAGAAAAUGCCAAGAUAUUGUACACAGUCAUAUCGAACAACAUAUUUCAAAUCACAACAGAUCCACAUACACAGGAGGGAGUGAUAACUUUAAAAAAGCCCCUGGACUUUGAGACUCAGCGGCUGCACCGUGUACACAUAGAAGCCGAGAACCCCACGCUGGUGAAGGGGAUGAAGUACAAGACCAGUACCACGCUGGUGAUUGAGGUGCUGGACGUCAAUGAGCCUCCUGAGUUCAGCCAAUCUCGCUACAUCUUCAGGGUGACAGAGAACCAACCCGAGUCCACGUCUGUGGGGCGAGUUUCAGCAAGCGACCCCGAUCAGGCAAAAGAACGCAUCAGGUAUUCAUUACAGGAUGGGUUGGACUUAUUCAGAAUAGAGGAUAAUGGGAUGAUUUACACCAGGGAGCCACUGGAUCGAGAAGCAUUUGCUUGGCACAACAUCACGGUAGCUGCCAAUGAAGUUGGCAACAGCAAUUCCAUAUCCUACGCACCGAUAGCAAUAAAAGUCCUGGACCAAAAUGACAAUGCUCCAACACUUGCAGACAGCUAUUAUCCCCAUGUGUGUGAGGACGAUCCAGUUGGAACAGUAAUCCAAGUUAUUUCUGCUGUUGACAUGGAUGAAACACCACCAGAUGUUAAAUUCUUCUUCAGUAUUCCACUGAAGGUCAGCAACUUCUCUGUGAAGAACAAUGGUGAUAACACUGCCAAUAUCACUGUGAACCAGGCAGGCUUCAACCAAAAUGAAGUCAGCAAGUUCUCCGUUCCCAUCAUCAUUUCCGACAAUGGAACACCUCGCUUGAGCAGCAACAAUACCCUGGAAAUAAAUGUCUGUUCCUGCAACCGAGACAGGGACCCGAUUAACUGCAGGCACAUUGCUCCACUCAGCUCAGGAGUUACCGUCACGAUCCUGCUGAUAAUCAUUCUCUGCAUCAUUGUUACUAUAGCCCUGGCAGUGCUGAUUGUCCGCUGGAGAAUGCAGCAGAAGAGUGCCUUUGGGGGCCUGGUGAAGGCGCCGGGCGAGAUCCGGGAACAACUGGUGCAGUACGAUGAAGAAGGGGGCGGAGAAAUGGACACCAACAGCUUCGACAUCACCGUGUUGAACUCUCUGCGGACAAAGGGAGCGCAACCGUUGAAGGUGACCGACUGUGCCCCGGUGUACGCCCAAGUCAGGAAACCCGGCGACGACAUGGGCUCGGUGGUUAGGAUGAAGAAGGAUGAAGCAGAUGGUGACAGGGAUGGCCUGCCCUACGACACCCUCCACAUCUACGGCUAUGAGGGUGCCGACUCAGUCGCCGAAUCGCUGAGCUCCCUCGAUGUCUCCUCGAUCGACUCCGAGCAGGACUACGAUUUCCUGAACGAUUGGGGUCCCAGGUUCCAAAUGUUGGCCGAACUUUAUGGAUCUGACCCAGACAGGGAGAGCUUGGGUUAUUGAGACAGGAGAGGCAUGUAAGGGGGGGGUGGGGGAGGUUCUGGUGAAGGAGCCAAUAUAAAAUGUAACUGGAUCAUUAGUAGAUACACUGUUGGAAUGUCACUCAGCCUGCCGAUCCGGUUACCACACAUUCAAUUAGUUCCUUGUUGAUCCCAGCUCUUAUCUACCCUCUGCCUUGGUCCCCAACACCCUGAAUAUACCUCCCAACAAAAAUGUACUGAGACAAAGUAAGAGGAGGAGCUCACCAUAUUUCAAGCAUGGACUGUCAUUCAAUUAGAUCACAGCUGAUCUGAAUCCGAACUCCAUGCUUCUGCCUGAUUCCUGAUCCAUUUCUGUCCUUGCUCUGCAAAAUGUCCAGCAUCUCAUUAACUCAACCGAUACGCUUUGGGUUGGUCACUGGGUUCCAGGCCACUGUCUAACCAUGGCUGAAAGGAGUGUCUCACUUCAGAAAUAUUACAGUAAUUGAUUCAUUGUGGUUGGCUGCAUCACCAUGGUAGACCCAAUGGUCCGGCAACCUGAGCAAAUGAUCUGGUGCCAAGAAGGGCAGGGACGAGUUGGGCCGAAGAGCCUGUUUCCAUGCUGUAUCACUCUGCGACUCUAUAAGAUCAGCCAUGAUUUUUCUGAAUGACAGAGCAGAUUUGAGGGGCAGAAUGGCCUCCUCCUGCUCUAAUUCCUUAUCUUCUAGAUGCAAGUUCAGGAGGGAAGUGGGAAUAAUAUUAAUUUUAAUGAAUAAGUUCAAGUUAUACUUUAUCGUCAUUCCCCCAUACGCUGUAAAGCACAUGGAGGAACGAAAUGUCGUUUCCCCCAGACUCUCACAACAGAGGACGUACAUAGAACAGAGGACAAACAAUAAACGCAGAUAGAAAGAUUGCGCAAGUACAAAUAUUGCAAAAAACAGUAUAUACAGGAUACAAAAUUAGUGCAGGGUUAGUGCAAAACCAAGUUGGACAAAGAAAAUGCAGAACUCAGUGUAUUGCACUAAGUGUAUAACAUGUUCAGUAUUACAAUCCCCAUUACAAAAAAUGUCCACUCUCAUUCAUAGAACAUAGAACAUUACAGCACAGUACAGGCCCUUCGGCCUAUAAUGUUGUGCCGACAUUUUAUCCUGCUCUAAGAUCUAUCUAACCCUUCUCUCCCACAUAGCCCUCCAUUUCUCUAUCAUUCAUGUGUCUAUCUAAGGUAACCAGUUGCCUUUGGUUACCCAGUGUGGUGACCCACUCACCUGAUAAUGAACUGACAAAGAGAGCAGACAUUGAUAUUACCAAUGACUGUUCUGUGGUGUAAUCCAGCUGUGUGGCAACUUUGGUCUUAGCUGUCAAGGAACCACCUCAGCAACUCCUUCAGCCUUCCACCAUUGACACUCUGCGAUCAGCUCAUUCAGCACACACUUGCAUUCAGUCCCGAUUUUAACACAAGCAAUAUGCAGGGUAUCAGGACCAUUAACGGCCACCUGACCUCGAAUUCAGGAACGGGAGCCCCAGGAGAUUCCAGCACCUGGGUUUCUGUCGAGGGCCUCAGGACUAAUCUCCAACCACAGAUGGUGGAGAUGUCGUCUCUAUUAUCAGAAAAGACUCAAAGCUUUUGUGGAAUCAGGGCUGGGAUUGGAACUGGAAUGGGAUCAGGUCAGUGAAAUUAUAAAACCAUGCCUUGUAUCAAGAGCUAGUAAGUGGAAUUAGCUUGAAGACAAAAAAUGCUGAAAUUUGGAAAGACAAACAGAGCACUGGAAGAACUCAGUGGGUCAGGCAGCAUCUGUGGAUGGAAAAGGUGUUAGUUGAUGUUUCGGGUCAAGACCCUGCAUCAGGACAGAGAAGGAAGGGCAAUUUUGCACCCUCUGCCUCCACAGAUGCUACGUGACCCACUGAGUUCUACCAAAGUUCCAUUUAUUUCUUCCAGAUAGCUUGCUUCCCCCAGUAAGGUCAUGAGAUACGAAUGGCCUCCUCCUCUGAUUUAAAUUUCUAGAAAACCAGACUGCAUCCAAAUUAAGGAUGGGUGCCCUGCAUGGUUGUACUUGAGGAUUGGGCUCCGGACAAAUUAUAUGGAUGAAUUAACUGACAUUGUAAGAUGCCUUUGCAUUUACAUAGGAUCGAGUGAUUGUGAGCAGCGAUAGGGACUGGAUUUUGUUUACUCACUACUGCACCCCAUUGCAAACCUUCAGGAAGUCACAGUUAGUUGACACUCCUCUAGGAGAACCAAGGUGUGCACUGUACAUUACCUUUUAUUCUAUAACCAUGGAAACUCUCAGGUCUAAUAGUUCCUCAUUGCAUUUCAAUGUAUUUUAACUUUUGUUUUUUAAUAUCCAAUGUAAUGUGUUGGAAUUGUAGGGAAAGUUUGGUGCCUUUGUGCAGGCAAUGUAUUCUUAUCUAACUUCUUUUGAUCAAUGGGAAUUUUGAGUUUUUGAGUUAUAAUUUCAGUAAAGUCCUGAAGCUUUGCACAACAGGGCUUUUUCAUUAGUGCCUCCCAAGAGCAAAGUGUGUUUUUUCAGUACUUUUAUUAACAUUUUAUAUUGAAUGGGCUACGAUUGCUUAUCUGGCCAGUGUACCUGUGAUAUAGUAAAAGGCUUUUUGUUAAGAUGUUCUUUUUUUUUAGCCAGUAAUCCUCAGUAAGAAUUUGUUGAUAAGUAUUUGUAAAUUUCAAUAAAAUUAAUUCAA